UGUGACAGACCAAAUAUACGCGAGGUAUAAAUAUUGUUUGCGCCACUGAACGCACCGUAAAACGUCAAAGCGUGGAAAAAGCGUUUUGUACUAUUUCAGAAAAAAUAUUCCUGGAUUUGUUUACAUAAAUUUAUAUUCCUUUCGGAAUAAGAACUAUUUUACGUUGUUACGAUUUUCAAUAUGGUUUCUGAUACUCCCGAAGAAGAAGUGGUGAUUUGUCGCGCCUGCCUUAGCGAAUGUGUAGAGCACAAAUCGUUGCACAAGCAGGGAAUUUUUAUGGGUGAGGUACGAACAUUAGCGUCUAUGUUGGGCUUCAUCACAAAUAUGGAGUUUUCGAAUGAAGAGGUAGAAGGUUAUCCGACAAAUAUCUGCACACGUUGCGUGCAAAAUGUUGCCAAAACUUUCGCGUUUAAAAAAAUGGUAUUGGAGACAGAUGAAGUGCUGCGAAGACAGUUCACAGAACUUGUAUACGAUGUUGGUCUGAGUGGCAGUGGUGGUGGCGGUGAAAGUGUUAUUGAGGAUAUUGAGACAGAAUCUGCAGACUCAGUUGUUGAAGAACACCACCUCGAUGCUGACGAAGGGACCGAAGUUGAUGAUGUAGAUCAAUUGCAUGAGUUAGCAGCAGCUGCACAAUUCAAACGAUCAGUGGAUAGCAUGGAAUAUGUUGCUUUAACUGUGUUAGAAAGUUUCGUGGAUGGGGACGAAGCAACAAUCUCAGAGGCACAUUCGCAAAACACAAUAAAUCACGAUGAGCAAAAUUGUGAAGAGGAAGAAGUGGUGGUGCAUGAAGUUACAGAAUCGGAAGAUGUAUACCAAACGGAUGUGGAGGAGGAAGGUAGAGAUAAAGAAUACGAUGAGAUGUACGAAGUAAAAUUAGAAGAAAUUACACAAGGCGAAUUCACACUAUCCGACAUUGCGGAAGACCAAGAAAUGAAUACAAAUUUGAAAAGGCCCCGAAUGGUCACUGUCAAAAGUGAUGAUCAGGAUGGUGAUUGGGACGGUACUGGCGAUUUGAAAUUAAAACAACCAACAAAAAUUCGAAAAAAGAACAGUCAGCCAAAGCCGCCGAACCCAGAUUUGCAAUGCAAGGUUUGUGGAAAACAAUUGAGUAAUCAAAACUCAUUCAAAUACCAUAUGCAAUUGCAUUCCGAUGCAACACCUUAUUUAUGCAGUCUUUGUGGCGAAGGUUUUAAGACACGGAACGCCUACGAAGGGCACAUAGUUAUUCACGACCCAAACAACCCCAAUACAUGUGAACUAUGCGGUAAGUCAUACCGUCAGUCAUCCUCUUUACGGACACACAUGUUGUCACAUACGGGAGAGCGACCAUUCCAGUGCGAUAUCUGCGGAAAAUCCAUGACACAAAAAUCCGGCUAUAAAAAGCACAUGUUGGUCCACACUGGUGAGAAACCGCACGCUUGCGAUGUAUGUGGUCGUGAAUUUCGAUAUUCGAGCAACCUGAUUGCGCAUAAACGGUGUCACUCGGGUGAGCGACCGUACGAAUGUCCACAUUGCAAACGUGGCUUUCCAACAUCUGAACAAAUGAAAAGGCAUACGAUGGUGCAUACAGGCGAGCGGCCCUUUCAGUGUGAAAUCUGCAGCAAGUGUUUCAAGCGACGCUCAUCAUUGAUAUCCCAUCGACAUACACAUGAUUCUGAACCAGAGCUAAUUGUCGAUCAUAAAGUGUGUAAAUCAAAUGUCGUGGAAUUGUAUUGAAAUGUUUAAUGUUAAAAAAUAUCCGAACUCAACUUCGGUUAUAUGCAACCAGUUCAACGGACCUGACCACACGAUUUUCGGUUGAAAUGAAAAUGUUGAAAAUAAAUUCUUAUCGUUCUGGUAGUUUGGACGCGUGGGCGAUCGUAAAAUUCUUCGAAUCCGUGUUUCAAGUACGCUGGGCAUGCAUAUGAAAUGGCGAAUUAAAGUUUAUUCCGAUUUAUUAUGAGAACUGCAUCAUCUGCCGACACUUCCUUCCAACUCAAGAUAUUAUUCUCAAGGAUGUUAUUAUUCUCUCCGUCAUGCUUCCAACUUGGGUGGAAAAAGAAAUACAUCUCUAUGCUUAUAAGUGAAUAUUUUAUUUUUAUACAAGGUUUUGUUAAAGUAAACUCAUCGCAGUAAUAACAUAACUUCUUAAUUUACAUAAGUUCGAGGAUAUAUAACACUCUACAUGUCGUUUAUAUUUAUAUAUAUAUUACAUAACACAUAAAUAAUACAUUAAUUAAUCUAGGGUAAAAAUAGGGAGUGUGUGAGGAUACAUUAUUACAAUUUAAAAACAAAGUAAUACAAUUUAUCACAAAACAAUUUUUGACCACAUUUCAUUUCACUGAUGUUAACAUGGAUACAUAACGGAUUAUAAACCAAAGCAUAUUUGAAUUAAUAAGAAAAUCGAUAAUAAUGAAGCAAUUGAAAAUUGUAGAUUUAAGAAUAGUGAUUAAUAUGCGGCGUAAAUCCGUGGUUAAAUAUCAAACUCUGUUGUGGUGCACUCAUCUUCUGUGACGCAUUUUUUCGCGGUUGUCGCCACGCUCGAUGAACCAGUUUUUAUUACGUUGCUGAUACUCAUUCUGGCGUCUGGCGUUUUCUCGUUGUUGCAUUAAUUUUCCAUGCCAUUCACCACUUUUACGCGAUUGCUCGUCGGAGGCAACGUA